AUGCUCGCCACGACGAUACGAUCACCCCCCUCGGUGGACGACUACGUCCCCCUAUCCGAGUAUCAGUCCCAAACGCCUGAAUCCUUCAGCGACGGCAAGCCAGUGCUGCACUUCCACCUGAAGGCAGCUGUCGCAUCCAUCCCCAAGUCGCAGUGCGGCAUACUAGCCAUCUUUCCUGCAGAUUCACCCGCGGCUGGGAAUGCCGUGGCGCGCCCAAACGGCGAUGCCGAGGAGCUGGUUGAGCAGACGGUUGAUGUAUUCGUAAACUCAGAAAAGGUUACGCUUUUCAGCGAAAAGACAGAGUCGGGCGUGUCAAUUCCCUACCCCUCCAUCUCCAUCCACGCAGUCAAGCAGGUCAGCGCGAGUCAGGGCCCCAGCACCGCCGCCCUGUGGAUGCAGCUGGAGUUCUCGGACGGCGGCGCUGACGACGACGACUUCAACACGGUUGAGCUCACGAUUUUGCCGUCGUCAAGCGAGUCGCCCCGCGCCGCGCAGCAGCUGUACGACGCUAUAGCCAACUGCUCAAACCUGCACCCGGAUCCGAUCAGCGGCGACGGCGACGGCGACGAGGAUAACGACUACGAUGGCAUAGUAUUUGAGGGCAGCGUGGAGCACGAGGCUGUCGAGGGAUUCACAGGGGUUUUGCGUGGCACGGCCGACGGAGGAUUGCCGCCGCCGAUGCCGGGCAGUGGGGGUUGGAUUACGGCGGAAAACGUUGACGAGUAUUUCGACGAGGACGGGAGCUGGAUUGGAGGCAACAAUGGAGACGGUGAGGCAGGGGCGCUGGGUGAUGGCGCAGGCAGAACAAGACCCAGAGACGAGGUGGACGACCGGGGAGUCAACGGCGACGAUGCCGAGAGCAAACGGCCAAGGGUUGAAUAG